ACAAAUUGUGAAUAAAAAAGGAAUGCAAUAAUUUACAAAUCUCAUAAACUUAUAUUUUAUUCACAAUAGAAUAUAGAUAACAUAUCAAAUGUUGAAAGUGAGACAUUUUGAAAUGUCAUGCCAAAUAUUGGCUCAUUUUGGAUUUCAUGAGAGCUACACAUUCCAAAAAAGUUGGGACAGGUAUCAUAAGAGGCCGGAAAAGUUAAAUGUACAUAUAAGGAACAGCUGGAGGACCAAUUUGCAACUUAUUAGGUCAAUUGGCAACAUGAUUGGGUAUAAAAAGAGCCUCAGUAACUUUGAACACAAGAGACCCGGGUUCGAUCCUCAUCUUGAACAGACCCAUUACAGAUAGAGAGCUGAGGAUCACCACGAACAACUCUGCAGUGAACAUUUUUCACAGGAUAGUCUUACAAACUUUCAUUGGAGACAACUGGGAUUCAAUGAAGAACCGCUGUUACUGGUGAAUGGGGCCGAACCGACUAUCUCCCGCCCUGGCCUUCAUCCUCCCAUCCUUCGAAGCACCGACAACUGGUGCCAUCGUCAGCAGUACGUGCCCACCAAUGAGUGUAGGUUCCCGCGAGUGGGCAUGGUUUCAGCUUUGACAGCGGAGAAACCCCCCAACAUUUGACAGCAGAGAAAACUGUUUAUUUUUUUCAAGACUGAUAACUUUUUUUUAAUCACUUGCCUUUUUUUUUUUUUUUUUUUUUUUUUUUUUUAAAUCAGAUUUGGCUGGGUGGUUAAUAACACAUUUUUCUGUGGUGUGACAAACUCAGAACACAUAUUUAAUAUUGCUUUACACUGACUUUAACAAGGCAAAUAUCUUGGGAUCUGCCAGUAAGGAACUUACGGUAUCAAGUUACACAGCACAGUAGGUUAUGCAGCUUUGUAAUGAGUUUUGAGGGCAUGAUAGUGUUAAAUGUCUAACUGCAGUCAAUAAAAGGUAAUACUUUUAAAAAAUAAGGACUAAUGUCCUUAUUUUCCAAGUGGGUUAGAAUUUUGUGAAUGAUAAAUUUAAUUGCAUCCUCUGUGGAUCUAUUUGUCCUGUUCACUGCAGUAGAUCAGAGGAGUCUGCUUUGGUGCUCAUGAUGAGUUUCUUAAUAAGUCUCUCAAAACACUCCAUGAGAACCGCUGGUCUGCAGUCAUUGACACAAGAGAUUGUGUGGAACAGAGAUGAUAGUGGUGGACUUGAAACUGAAAGGAACUGCAGACAGGGUGAGGUAAAGAUUCCACAAACACACUCACACGAUCAGAAACCACAGUCUUACAGCACUUACCAGGAAGAGGUUAACUUCUUAUUUCUCCUUUCUGUUAUACUGACUUUGUCUUGAAGAAAGCAAUAAAAAAAAUCAGUGCUCAAUGAAGAACAAAGAGGAAAAACUUUCAAGAAGGACUUUUAUGUUUGUUUCUGAAAAGAUAGCAUAUAUUUGUGAUUCUCAUGGCUAUUCAUUUUUGAGACCUUGAUUCAGAAAGGAAAAGUAAAGUUUAGAUUGCUGGACCUCAAAGAGAGAAAAUGGCUUCACUAUCUGAAGACGAUCUUUCUUGUUCCAUGUGUCAUGAAAUCUUCAAGGAUCCAGUUAUUUUAUCAUGUAGUCACAGUGUCUGUAAAGAGUGUCUUCAACAGUUCUGGAGAACCAAGGAAACUCAGGAGUGUCCUGUCUGCAAGAGAAGAUCCUCAAGAGAUGAUCCUCCGAUUAAUCUUGCGUUAAAAAACUUAAGCAAGUCAUUCCUAAAGGAGAGAAAUGAGAGGCGUUCAGCAAGGUCUGAGGAGAUCUGCAGUUUACACAGUACGAAAUGUAAAUUCUUCUGUCUGGAGGACAAACAGCCUGUGUGUGUAGUGUGCAGAGAUUCACGGAAACACGCCUAUCACACAUUCAGACCCAUCGGUGAAGUGGCUUCAUCAUAUAAGGAGGAGCUCAAUACAGUGCUGAAGUCUUUACAAGAGAAACUUCAACACAAUGAAAACAUUAGAGGCGAGUUUGAGAAUACAAUUCAACACAUCAAGUCUCAAGCUGUGCACACAGAGCGUCAGAUUAAACAGCAGUUUGAGAAGCUUCAUCAGUUUCUCAGAGAUGAAGAAGAAGCUACAAUCACUGCACUGAGGGAGGAAGAGGAGCAGAAGAAGCAGAUGAUGAAGGAGAAGCUGGAGGAGAUGAACAGACACAUCUCAGCUCUUUCACACACAAUCAAAGACAUGGAGGAGAUGAUGAAAGCCAGUGACCUCUGCUUUCUGAAGGAGUUUCCAGUCUCAAUGGAAAGGGUUGAGAUCUCACAGCUGGAUCCACAGAUGGCUUCUGGAGCUUUGAUUCAUGUGCCACAUUAUUUGGGCAACCUGCCAUUCAGAGUCUGGAAGAAGAUGCAGGACAUCGUCCAAAACAGUCCUGUGAUUCUGGAUCCAAACACUGCAAAUCCACGUCUUGUCCUGUCUGAUGAUCUGACCAGUGUGAGAUACAGCUCGGAUGAACAACUGCUUCCUGAUAAUCCAGAGAGAUUUGACUUUCUCUGUGUUCUGGGUUCAGAGGGUUAUAACUCAGGAACACACUGCUGGGAUGUGGAGGUUAAAGAGAGUUCAUACUGGAGUCUUGGAGUAACUACAGCAUCAAACCAGAGGAAGGGAGGUGUUUUCUUCAACGCUGAUGUUUGGAGUGUAUGGUACCAUCAGUAUGGACUGACUGGGUUUGGUUUUCCUGUUAAACAGGAUCUUGAGAGGGUGAGAGUUUAUCUGGACUAUGACAGAGGAUUGGUGUCAUUCUCUGAUCCUGUAACUAACACACAUCUAUACACAUUCACAACCACCUUCACUGACACUGUCUUUCCAUUCUUCAAUUGUGAUUGGUCGUCUCAUCUGAGGAUCUUACCGUUCAAUAGUCAGCAAAUGUUACACCAAUACACUGUUAAAAGUUGCUGUAAAACAGCCAUUCUCUGAUGCUCUGAUGCCAUUACAUAGUGAUUAAAAACAAAUUUAGACAUUGAUGAACACCUGCUGUUAACACGCAGAAUCACUGAAGGAAAGGGAAACGAGAACUGAAAAAGCACAAGAACUACAUUCAACAUCCAACCACAGCCUUAGAUGAAAUCUAAGAACAACUCCACAAACCGCAUUAAUGGCUUCACUUCUUACUAAAUAUUUUAACUUUAUUUCUGUCAUGCAUCUGCAGAAGUUCUUAUUAAUAAUGAUCAGAGCUUUAGAUGUUAAUGUUUGGUUGAAAGUAUUUCAUUUGAGGUCACCGUCAUGGUAAUUUGUGUAGUGUGUUUUUUGUAGUGGUGUUUUUUUUUUUUUUUUUUUUUUUUUUUUUUUUUUCCUUGGGUUGCUGUAACAGUGUUUUAUGAAGCACAUUUGUUUUGGCAAAAAAAAAAAUGAGACUACAAAAAACAUCACAAAGUGUUGCUGCAGCCAGUUAAAGAGUUUCUACUGCACGAAAUUAACACACAGAGACAUCAACAAUCAGCAUAUGAAUCUUAACAAUAGCGACAAUAAAAAAUAGAUAAACAGAUCAAUACUGAACAUCACAAAACAAGGUACUAAAAAUUCACAAAAAAAAAAACAAACAUACAACAUAAAAUCAUACAACAAUUCAGCUGCGAAAUUGUUUCAUGCCGCGAUGCAUGCUGGGUUACCUUUUUUUUUUUUUUUUUUACAUGCUGGUACCUAGCAUGCAUUGCAGCAUGAAACUUUUGACCAUGGUUAAGAUUCAUAUGCUGAUUGUUUAUUUCAGUCUGUCUAAAUGUUGCAGUAGUUUGAAAUGUCCACAGCAUGUUAAAAAAUAAUAAUAAUUAUGCUUCGGAGCGUUAUGAAUCAGCGUGUCGAAUCAUGAUUCGGAUCAUGUGUCAAACCGCCAAACUGCUGAAAUCACGUGACUUUGGUUUCCGAACUGCGGAUUCGACACGCUGAUUCAUAACGCUCCGAAUCUUCCUGAAGCAGUGUUUUCAAAUCGGCCAUCACUAAAUAAGUUGUUAUUUUGUUUUUUUUGGCGCACCAAAAAUAUUCUCGUCGCUUUAUAAUAUUAAUAUUGAACCACUGUACUCACAUGAACUGAUUUAAAUAUGUUUUUAGUACCUUUAUGGAUCUUGAGAGAGGAAAUGUCAUUGCUGGCUAUGUAGGCCUCACUGAGCCAUCGGAUUUAAACAAAAAUACCUUAAUUUGCGUUCCGAAAUAUUAAGGAAGGUCUUACGGGUGUGAAACGGCAUGAGGGUGUGUAAUAAAGGACAGAAUUUUUGGUGAACUAACCCUUUAAAGUAUGGUUCCAAAAACACAUCCGGGAGUAAGUUCAGUUAACAGAGUAUUUUUACAGUUAUCACACAAGACAUUUUUAACCGAGCGAUGAAUCAACGAGUCACCGUGGAAAUGGAUGCUAAGAAAAAGUGUGCAAUACUACUUCCUUCUUCAUUUGUUUAAUGACUAUGGACAUGCUUUGUGCAUGUUGCCACCUGUUUGGUGGUUGUGCAAUCAUAUUUAAAUCUUUUUGUUUAUUUUUAAUCACUUUGAAUAAGUACUAUAUUGUUUGAUUAUAUUGAUUAUAAUGUAUAAAUGUAUCUUAUUAUAUGGUAAUCAAAUUAAUAUAAUUAAAAUAGAACGACUGAUUAUACUAAAUAAUAGUCUGUGCAUGCAAAGAUAACAAGUUUUUUUUUUUUUUAUGUUUUGACAUUUUGCUUCCACAUUGAUUGAAAGGUGAGAUAUUUCAUAUGUCUUUUUUAUUAUAGAGCAGGUUAUGUUCAAAGAAUAAGUUGCUAUGCAUACUUACAUACCCUGAAAGUUACCUCCAUUUUUGUAAGCUGAAGUUAUCCACUUACUUCCCCUUACAUAACCUGCUUUCUGGAAUACAGUUAGUGUUUGUUAAAUAUAAGAAGAGGAAAUAAAACUAGACAGCUUUCUGAAGAAAAUAUAUAUUUAACCUCACGACUUGAGCAACAAGUUGAAGUAUCAAGAAAUCCAAAUUUGCAGCAGGCUAGACACUAGAGAUCUCACUUCAAUUCUCAAGUAAUAGUGUUUAGUGGAGCACUAAAUAUCUUAUUUCCAUUCUCAAGUGAUAAUGAUUAAGUUGAACACUAGAGAUCUUAUUCACAGGUGAUAGUGUCCAUAAGGGGAGAGACAUCACUCGACUUGAACAGGUAUUGAAGGCCUUAUAGAGUAUACAUUUCUGGGGUGUCAUGGACACUUGGUUUCAUUUAAGUCAGGUGUGCAGAAUAAAUCUACCACAUUCUCAGCAGAGGAUUAAACAACUUAUUUUACAUCUUAAAUUACAUUACAUCACUUAUUACAGUUUAGUUUGUCUUUAUCUCUUAUAAUUGCAAUUGCAGGUGUUUUCUGUGAGAGGCUUACGUGCAUACAUACGCGCUCAUUUAUAUAAUAAUACUCAGAUGUUUAUGGUCAUAAGAGUAACAUCAUUCAUUUGAAUCUGUGAAGGGUUAACUAGGCUUAUUAUUUUUGUACACUCACAAUAAAAACAAAACUACUUAUAAAAAAGAAAACAAAAGUAAUUUUCGGGCCGUCUCUUUUUCCUUUCCCGUGAGCUUCUCAAAAAUGAACCGAAAUUCAGCAUAGA